AGAUGGAAGCUGAAACGUCAACUCAGGAAGUUGUGAAGCAGGUCAAAAAUUUGCCAAUUUUGAUGGAAGAUGCUCCGGUCGGCUCUGACGAUCACCAACUUCAAUAUUCAUACACAUUUUCGUAUUUCAUGAGGCCAACUGGCAAAUUCGAUCCGGAAGAUUAUGCUAGUUAUGUGCAGCCUGUUGGAAUAAUGAAGUCUGUCGAGCAAUUUUGGAGUAUUAUGGUGCAUUUCAAACGGCCAACUGAAAUGUGCGACAAAGCUGACAUUCACUUCUUCAAAACUGGCGUCAAACCAGUGUGGGAAGAUCCGGCGAACUGCAAAGGUGGAAAAUGGAUUAUCCGACUGAAGAAAGGAUUGUCGACAAGAAUUUGGGAGAAUCUGCUCAUGGCAAUCAUUGGAGAGCAGUUUUUGGUUGGAGAUGAGCUCUGUGGAGCUGUGUGCUCAAUUCGCAAUCAGGAAGAUAUUAUAUCAUUAUGGAAUAGAAACGCAGACGACACCCCAGUAACCAACAGAAUCCGAGAAACUCUUCGAUCGGUGCUCCAACUGCCUCAGAACACGGUACUAGAAUACAAACGACACGAUGACUGUCUCAGAGAUCAGAGCUCAUAUCGUCAUACUACUAAAAAUAUCUGCAAAUGAUCAUGCUGCUUUACUAUUAUUUUUUUCGAUUGGGAAUCAUUUUGGGUCCGGAGAAAAAGAAAAUGAGAGGAAUCUCGUUAUUGGUUUUAAUAUAUUCUGUAUAAUGACUAGUUUUAUGAUUUCAAGUUUUUUUUUGAAUAUGUGGUUUAGUCUGGCGGCUCUUGGAGCUGAUGGACACUUUUAAAUAAAUUUAUUCUAUUGAAAAUUAA